AUGGAGCUUUCUUAUAAAUUAUCGUAUUUCCUCAAUCUAUAUUUCAUUUUCGCGACAACGACAGCACUUUUCGCGACUUUCAGCGUGGCCUCCGCAGCCAAACAGCAACAACCGCCAAGAAACGUGCCAAACAGCAACCUCGGCCGUCAACUGACGAUAGCUUCGUCGUCCUCGUCAACGCCAUUGUUGUUGGCAAUGGAUGAAAAGAACGCACCGAGUUCACCCAGCCCGACCACUGUCAGCAUCGGUGGGUGGAAAAGUUCGUCCUCCUUUUCCACGCGAGAUAAAUCUGGUCUGGAGCGGAGUAACUUCGACGGUGCGGCCGGAAAAUUCACUUCACACCCCAAGCCUGUUAAUCAUUAUUUUAGCUCUCCCGACUCGCUGAUUUUGAGGUCGCGGCCACAGGUAGCAGAUGAUAGGAACGGUGAACGGAUGGCCCGACCGAAGGAACACUUAAACAUUCUGUACGACAGUCACCCUCGGGAAGGCACUAGCGAGAUGACAAGUGGAACUACUCGAAACAAUCAACCGGAGAUGAGUGUUUCCAGACAGGAGGAGGGAGAGGACGAAUACGAUUCUAGAAGUGAUAAUUAUGAGGAUGACAAAAUAAUCAAUCCAGCGGCUUUGGAUAAUUUUUUCGACCGUUCAUCCGCCUCUGAGGGGGGUGCCUAUCUGAGCGGUGGUGGUGGUAGAUUUGAGAACAAAGCUACCACCGAGGCUGACUAUGAGGAAGAAACCAGCGAUGAGGGUGAGGAAGUUGAUGAAGACUCAUACGGUGAGGAAGAAGAAGGUGAUAUUCUGCCGGUAGAUAAAGCAUUCGAGAGUUUUGGUAAAAUCGGUGAGGAAACCGGAACCGGGAAAGGGGACAGUGCACUGCCUUAUUUUCUGGUGGAACCGCAAAGCACGUAUGUGAUAAAGAACAAACCGGCAAUUUUGAAGUGCAAAGCGGCGAACGUGUUGCAGGUACACUUCAAAUGCAGCGGCAGCAACAAACCACCACCCUCGGUCGAGGAAUCACACGUGGAUCCCCACAGUGGGGUGCACUUUCAGGAGAUUACUGCGACCAUUUCACGGGAUCUUGUGUACGAGUACUUUGGAAAACCACCGUUCAAGUGCGAAUGCCAUGCCUGGUCACCGCGGGGAAAAACGAUCAGCCAACCGGCGUCGAUCGUUGUUGCAUACAUUAAAAAGAACUUUGUCCUUCCAUCCACGAAAUUGCGUGCCGAAGCAGGCGAAAAGCUGGAAAUUAAAUGCACGGCCCCAAAAGGCUAUCCAAAGCCUCAAAUCACGUGGUUGAAAAACAAUUUCACUCUCACCAGCAGCCCGCUGUUGUCCUUCACGUCCGAAGGUAGUAUCACGAUAAACGGUGUAAAACUGCAGGACAUCGGAAACUACACUUGUGUCGCGGAGAAUAUCGCCGGCAAACGGACAGCAGAGCCGAUCGAACUAAUCGUUUACGUGAAUGGCGGCUGGAGCCAGUGGAGUGCCUGGUUGGAGUGUCGUUGCCCUGGAAAGCCCGUGCAAGGGCGGAAGCGAACCAGGACGUGCAGCGACCCGAUUCCACUGUACGGGGGUGCACCCUGUGAAGGUCCAAAUCAGCAGAAGACGGCUGACUGUGUCACUUGUCCGGAAGACACACAAAUCAUCACACCCAACGGCUUCGAGGAUAACACCUUCGUUCGCCGUUGGUCCACGUGGUCUGCCUGGAGCACUUGCUCGCCUAAGUGCAUUCAAAUUCGAAGACGUAUCUGCCGUACCCAGAAUCUGGAUUUCUACGAUAAGGCUUUGGUGAAGCAUCAUCAGCAGCUGGCUGCCCUUAUGGACGACCAGGAGGAACAGGGCAGCAGUGCCUUUGGCUGUCACGGCAAGGACACCCAAUCGAUCGUGUGCCGCGGUGGCGAGUGCAAGAUUGAUGAAACAGCUUCCGACUGGAUCUUCUAUCUUGGUCUCGGUUUCAUCGUAACGCUGUGCAUCACAUUCUUCGUCUUUCUGAUCCAGUUCAAGCGGCAUCGUCAGAAGCUGCCGUCAUACAGCAUCUCCCGGACUGCACCGGAUCAACAUACCUACACACAUGAGUUCCAGAAAAAGCUCACCUACAACUCGACAAACACUCCGGAUAUUAACAUUCGCGUCAACAACUAUGAGUACUCGAACGGAAGUACAAUGGAAGCACCGAAAGUUCCCGGCCAGAAUGUGCCUCUCCUGUUAUCGCGUUCAAUUUCCACGGAACAUCACUACGACGAACCGCAGUUUACAUCCAGUUAUUCGACUCCCAUCGACAACAAAAACCCCGAGAACACUAAUCACUAUCACCAGCAGCAGCAGCAACAGCAACAGAAGCAGCAUCUGCAAAAGCACUAUCAUUUGUAUCAUCAGCAUCACCCACCCACGCCCCCGCACGCUGUCCUGAAAGGACAACUGCAGGCGCUUCUGCCUUUGCAGCAGCCUCAGCCACAGCAACAGCAACCGCAGUCACUCUCGGGUCAGCCCGCGCAAAAGAGCGGCCAAUACAUGAGCAACGAGUCGUUGGCGACCACCAGCAACACCAACACAUCCAAUUCGACGUACGCCGUGGCCACGACGGAAUCGCUGGAAACGUCCAGCUCGAACGAGGGCAUGCACAAGUCGAGCAGCAUGCGUCAGGUCGUCACAUCGGACGGCGGCUGGCUCGAGCUGGAACAUCUGCAGACGUCGCUCUCGAUUCCGGAGGGUGCCCUGCCGGAAACGCUGAAAAUAAACGUUUUCCUAGCGGUCAUGUACGACUCCAAGGAUACCAUUCUAGUCGAGAAUCAAAUCACCCACAUCAGUUCGACGAUCGUGUGCGGUCCGGCAAAGAGUAACUUCGCGAAGCCGUUGAUCCUGAAGGUACCGCACUGUGCGGAGGAUAUCAGCAAUUGGAAAAUUUCGCUUUUCUACAAAGAGGAAGUGACAAACUGCUGGAAGAAGAUAGCGUCCUCCGAGAACGAUGUUCCGAGUCCGCAGGCAUACAUUCAAUUAGAUCUGAAAAAUGCUUACAUCAUGACUAGAAAAUUGGGAAAGUACAUUCUAGGAGGCGAGAAUCUUUCCCCCGAAGUAACAGUUAUGAAACGCUUGAAGAUCUACAUGUUCGGACCUAGUCGCAAGCCAGAAACGGAUUUCAACAUCCGUGUGUACAUUCUGGAGGAUUACCCUAGUGCACUGGAACAUUGUUCCAUAGUUGAGAAUCGGAUGGGAUAUUUCAUGAUAGGCCAAAGCUCACCGUUUCACUUCGAGAACAACAAACAAAACAUGAUCCUUCGUAUCAACUGCUCCGGGGGGUGGAUUUCGAAGGAGGAUACUGCCGUUCAAAAAAUCCCAUUCAAUCAUAUAUGGAAGAACAUGUCAAUUUUGCACUGCGAAUUCUUGUUGCAAAAAUUGAUCAACGAGCUGCCCUGUUUGCGAGUGGAGCUAUCCGCCGAGCAGGAAAACGGGACUAAGGUUCUCAUCACUUCGGUGGCUUUUUCGUGA